CUUUGGUGUGUGUUGCGAGCACACUCGCCCUGGAAAGCAACUUGCAGAGCGCAGCCGCCGACCUCACCGCAAACAAAUCUCUCUCUCUUCGUUCUCACUGUUUUUGAAAUCCUCCCAUCACACUCCGUCACUGGGUAAAAACCUACCAGAUAUCGGAAAGACGCCAACCCUGCGAAAGCCUCCCUGUCCCACCCUCCUUCGUGAAUCUUGCCCAUGCCCAAGUCGAAGGGUCCCAACACUCCCGUACCCGCGACGGAAGAGCCCCCGUCUCAGUCGUCCACGGCGGUGACCGCGUCGGACCCCACCACUGUGGCGACGGACCCGACGGCGACUGCCGCGGCCUUGGCGGACGCGGCACACGGAGAAGAAUAUGACUCGGGACUCAACGUGCUGUCGGAAGAACAAACCAACGCGGCGCUCGAAGCACUACAGGAGUCUUCCACGAUUGUCGAAGUGGCGUCGACCGGCAACGACACUCCCGCGGCGUCCACGAAACGCAAGGCGCACACGGCGGAACCCUCCGGCGCGGCUCCCAAAAAAGCCAAGCAGCGGCGGACUCCCACACGGGUGUCGUGGGAUGACCGGAUGGCCAUGUUGCAAGCCUACCAAACCGAACACGGCGAUUUGCUCAUCCCGAUUCGGUACAAGCUCAAUCCGUCGUUGGGGAAGUUUGUACACAAUACGCGGGAACAGUACAAACUGUACCACAAGAAAACUCCGGAAGGGUACAAGAAAAAGUGCAGUUUGACGGCGGAGCGGAUUCAGCAACUCGAUGAUUUGGGAUUCGUCUGGAGUACCGAACGAUCCAAGCGACAGGAAGAAGACUGGACUACGCGGCUCGAGCAGCUGCAGGCCUACAAGAAGAAGCACGGCGACUGCUUGGUGCCGCACGGCUACGUAGAAGACCCUAGUUUCGCCGAGUGGAUACACCGGCAGCGCACCACCUACGCUUCCAUGCUCAAGGAUGAUAAACCCAACGUCAUGGUGAAGGAACGCAUGGAGAAACUCGAGGAAAUGGGUUUUAACUUCACCGUGCAUUCCGACAAGUGGACCGAUCACUGGAAGCUUCUGCAAGAGUACAAGGAAAAACACGGACAUUGUCAAGUCCCUACACACUACGCCGAGAAUCCCAAACUAGGUCGGUGGGUGCACACACAGCGCCACCAGCGCCGUCUCCAACUCAAAGGCAAAAAGAACUGCAUGACUCAGGAACGUGUCGACCUCUUGGACAAGCUCAAGUUUUCGUGGGAGGUCAAACCCAGUUUGGAUCGUCCCCGUGCGACCUGGCAACAGCGGUUCGAUGAACUCCGAGCCUUUCACAAAGCCCACGGUCACUUUCGUAUUCCGGCCGGGGACCAACCGCAACUGCACAGCUGGUGUCAGGAACAAAAACAGCGACUCAAGAAUAUCGACAAGAACAAGGGCAAGGACGGGUCGAAACGUAUGGGUCCGGAUCGGGUAGAGGCGUUACUGAAUCUAGGAUUUACGGGAGCCACGGAACUCGUCCAGCCCGACGCAGCAGACAAAGAUGGCGCGACCGCCGUGAGUGACGCCGACGGUACGACCAAUACAGAAAAGGCAACGAUCCAAGUAAAAGAAGAAUCUCCGGGGGAGCCUUCCGGGGAGCCUGUCGGUGAUCCUCCCGGGGACAAGUCUAUUCAUGAAAAGGAAGCGGCCGAAGAUUCCGCGGAGGAAAACCAUCUCGAAACGACGGUCUAGCCUAGCUAGUGUUGAGAGCAUGUACAAUCCUAGUGUUCUUUAAAAAGGGAGGGGUGUUAUACAGCCUGUGUUGGCGUUUGCAGUCGUAUUUUCCCACCUACACGAAGGAUCCAAUAUUUGAAUUACACAGGGUUUAGAUUGGUUCAAAUUUAUCUUUUCAGAAUAUAGUAAUGUCACUGUUGCCUGUC